CAGACCGGAAGUUCCUCUGUGAUUCGCACUUAAUCACAGAAUAGGACACGUUUUAGCUCCCCGAGUUCAUCUUUUUGUAUAUUUUAUGUCGAGUCGUUCAUCUCACUUGAAACAUGAAUACCACAAUGUUUCAGCUGAGGUCUUUUAUUCACCAGCGUCUUUAUGCAGCAGCUGAGGACAUCCUCGGAGAGGUGGAGAAAACCAUAACGUUAGCUGUUUACGACGCCAAAGUUGGUCGACCUGAAUCGGAGAAUGAAAGUCUGCGGCAUCACCUGCACAAGGAAACAGGGCUUUCAAAGGACUCAAACUCUGAAGAUCAAUGUGGUACCUCUCCUCUGCAGGAAGAACCAGGAUCCUCAAUGAGAGAAGAUUCUGUUCCAAGUCCAACUGCUGAGGUUCCAGGACCCUCUCAUUCCGGGGCAAAUCUGGACAAUAUUGACUGGAGCUCCUGUUUGGCAGUACCAGCUAUAAAGGAGGAGCAGGAGGAUUUUGAGGACGACAGAGAAAAACUGGAGGAUAUUUUUACUUCUCUUGUAGUUGUGAAAAGUGAGCAAGAAGAGCCAGAGAUACAGGUACCAUAUGAAGGGCAGCCGGUCUCCUCUCACUGUUCUGCUGGUCAGAGUGAGAACAGUGAUGCUGAGGAGAACUGGGUGAACAGCAGCGAGACAAUGCAAAGUCAAAAUGUCAGCGUUAAUACGAAGGACCAGGGUGAGUUGUGUGAAAAUUCACCUGGUAAAAGCCAGAAGGACCGCAGUUUUUGCUAUUUGUGUGGUAAGGGAUUUCAAUACAUUGGCGCCUUAAUGAAGCACAUAAAAACACAUGACACAAAAACAGAGUGUACUAUCUGCAGGAAAACGUACAGGUAUACAAAACAACUCAUAAAGCAUCUGAGAGUUACCAUAACAAGACAGACUUUUGUGAGAUCUGCUUCAAGACUUUUGCCAAUAAUCGAUUACUGCAGCUGCAUGAAAAAACACACGCAAGCCAAAAUGAGUUUGUGUGUCAAGAAUGCGGCAAAAUAUUUUACAGGAAAGAGCAUCUUGUUGUGCACGUGAGGAUUCACUCUGGGGAAAAGCCGUACCCCUGUGACAUUUGCGGAAAAGCAUUCAGUCAGAGCCAGAACCUUACAAUUCAUAAAAGAAGUCAUUCAGGGGAGAGACCGUAUCAUUGUAAAAUGUGUGGCA